UCUAAUUUUCCCUAAAAGGAAUCCAGCCACCAACUCAGCCAGUUCCUCACUGAAGCGCAUCUCUUCCCCCUUUUUAUUACUGGAGGCUCUCUGACCCACACAUUCAAAAAUUCUGGCGUCUCUGGGGCCCCAAAGCAGGAGCGGGUGGGCUGCUCCUUCCAGCUUCUUCAAAGGGAUUCAUUGUGGUCUGUCUCUUAGUUCCUACUGCCCCCGUGCUGGUCUUAGGCUCCCCGGUGCCUGGUAGAGUCAGGCUAAGAACACCUGUGGGUGUGGAUCUGCCACGCACAACCACAGCCACACCGGGGCUCAGUAUGCAAGAGGAGAGGAGGCAGCUCCGGGCAGCGGUGGGGGUGGCUGGGUAGGGUCCUUUAGGGCUUGGUGGCUGAGGGGGGCACUUUGUCCCGGGAUAGGACAAACUAUACGUGACCACCCCCCCCCCUUUCCUUGGGCCCCGCGGGUGGGCAGGGUGAGAAGGAACUUCUCUAGGCCGGCCAGGGAGGCCCCUCUUCCCGUGGUUCGGUCAGCUGUGCCCUCUCUCUCCCAGCAGGCGGUCACCAGAGGCGCGGGCUCUUGACCUAGGCUCCGGGGGGCCAAGACCAUGAGGCUGAGGCGGAAGGCGGACGCUGCGCUCACCCUGCUCCUGGCCACCGCGCUCUGCUUGCUCCUUUACUCGCAGCGGGAGCCAGGGGCCCCCGCGGCCAGCCUGGCCAGCGCCCGGGCCAGGCCGGUCACUGUGCCAGCCCCGCCGCCCAUGCCCACGCGGCCCGGCUGGGGGCCGGCGGUGGUGCGCGCCUUCCCGGCUGCCAGGGCUGAGCCCCCAGUCUACCAGGCGGACACUCCGGCGCCCCCGACGCCCUCGGGGCCCUUCGACUUCCGCCGUUACCUGCAGGACAAGGACAAGAGACGCUUUCCGCUGCUCGUCAAUCAGCCGCACAAGUGCAGGGGGCUCCCGGGCGGCCCGGGGCCAGACUUGCUCAUCGCCGUCAAGUCUGUGGCUGCGGACUUCGAGCGGAGGGAGGUGGUGCGAAAGACCUGGGGUGCCGAGGGCCAAGUGCACGGGGCGCGGGUACGCCGGGUCUUCCUGCUGGGCAUCCCUCGGGGCCUGGCCGGGGGCGGGGGCGGGGCGCAGGCCCAGGAGGGCCUGCUGCGGGCCGAGGGCCGCGCCUACGGGGACAUCCUGCUCUGGGCCUUCCAUGACACUUUCUUCAACCUGACCCUGAAGGAGAUCCACUUCCUGGACUGGGCGGCCGCCUUCUGCCCCGACGCCCGCUUUGUGUUCAAGGGUGACGACGACGUGUUCGUGCACGUGGAGAACCUGCUGGAGUUCGUGGCGACGCGGGACCCAUCCCGGGACCUCCUGGCGGGGGACGUGAUCCUGCAGGCACGGCCCAUCCGCGCCCGAGACAGCAAAUACUACAUCCCCGAGGGCGUGUACGGGCUGGGCGCCUACCCGGCCUACGCGGGGGGCGGGGGCUUCGUGCUGUCCGGGGCCACGCUCCGCAGGUUGGCGGCCGCCUGCGCCCAAGUGGAGCUCUUCCCCAUUGACGACGUCUUCCUGGGCAUGUGCCUGCAGCGCCUGCGCCUGGCUCCCGAGCCACACCAGGCCUUCCGCACCUUCGGUAUCCCGCCGCCCUCGGCCGCCCCGCACCUGCGCACCUUCGACCCCUGCUUCUACCGAGAGCUGGUGCUGGUGCACGGGCUGUCGGCCGCCGACAUCUGGCUCAUGUGGCAGAUGCUGCACGCCGUGCCGGGGCCGGACUGCGCCCAAACCCACGCAGCGCCGAAGCCCUUCCGCUGGGGCUCCUAGCGGCCAGCCACGGGUGGGACCUGACAUGGGCAAAGUGGGAGAAGAUCCCGCGGUCCUUCCGGCCCUCAGGCUUAUUUCUCAGCCCGUCAAAUGAAGGCCCUUCUAGCUCUAAAUCCUUUGCUUGCGGGUAACAAGCUCACUCUUAAUUAUCCGGUACUUAGAUGCUAGCAGGGCUGAAGGCAAACGUUCUUAGAAGUCAGUUUUUCACCGUCUGUGCAUUUAAUCGGCUAUGUGCUAGGCAAUGGCCCAAGAUCCUUCAAGGAUCUGUCAGUCACAACGUGAGCAGAUAUAGGUAUGAAUACGAAUACGGGGUACGUGGAACCCCACUCCGUUCCCAGCAGGGAGCAUUUAGCCCAAUUCAGGAGGAAGAGUUUAAAUCAGUUGCACUCACACUAGUAACAUCUUGCUUGGCCUGGGCUGAGCUUUCUGG